AAAUUCUGCCCAAAGCUCGGAGCUGCCAUCUCAAAUGACGAACUGCCGUGGUUGUCGAACUCAGUUCUUCUCACGGCUUUCUCCGUCUCGCGUCUCAACUCUCAACUGAUCAUUGGCGCAUUCCUAGGUGCUGCGGGCCACAGCAUUCAAAUAUAUCCCGAUUGGAAACCUGAGAUCACCACUCGCCCAGCCCCCCUUUCUAAUUUCCCGAGAAGGUGAAGAUGAAGACCCAAUAAGAGAGUGGGAAAGAAUAAGAGAGGGGCAACAAGGGCAAGAAAAAAGAAACCCGCAAUGCGCCUCCGACACAUCCACCUCCCUUCCUCGCCCCCCACCUUCCCGUCCUACCGCCUCGCAGCUUCCAUCCAGGGGCACCUCCGGCGCCAGCUCCUCGACGCCAAGGACGCGCCCCGUACCCCCGGCCGCCACCACCCGCCGCCGACCCUCCUCUCCUUCACCCCACAGCCGACCUACACCCUCGGCCGCCGCCAGACCGCGCCCCUCGCCCCGGCCGAGCUAGCCCGCCUCCGGGCACCCCUCCACAUCCGCUUCCCCCCCAACGCCGCCGCCCACAGCCGGGAUGACACCAACACCUACACCCACACCUACCACCCGGCCGUCCUCCCCUCCCCCCGCGGCGGCCUGACAACCUACCACGGCCCGGGCCAACUCGUCCUCUGGCCUAUAACCGACCUCCGACCCCCAAGCCCCAACCCCCUCCCCCCCUUAACAGUCCGCUGCUACGCCCGCCUCCUGGAGUCCACAACCAUACAAACCCUCUCCCGCCUCCACGGCCUCGAAGCCUUCACCACCUCCGACCCAGGCGUCUGGGUGGGGGGGUCCCAUCACCACCAUCACCAUCAUCACCAUCAUCCCCCCUCCCCCCCACCACCGCCGCCGCGCAAGAUCGCCGCCCUGGGCGUCCACCUCCGCCGCCACGUCUCCGCCCUGGGCGUGGCCGUCAACCUGGACUUCCCCGCCGACGUCGGCCGGGGCGACCAGGCGUCCGACCCCUGGGCCCGCAUCGUCGCGUGCGGGCUCGAGGGGAGAGGCGUGACCAGCGCGGCCGCCGAGGUGGCGGCGGCGGCGGCGCGCUCCGGCCGGAGCACGGGGGCACCGCCGCUGCUGCCUGGUCCGGAGGAGGUCGCUGUCGCUUGGGCGGAGGAGUUUGCGCGGGGGCUAGGGGCCGGGGGCGUUGAUCGCGUAGGUGGGGAUGAGGUGGCGGAGCUUGUGGCGAUGGUGAGAGAAGAUGGCGGCUUGUGGAGGGAGGAGGGCGCAGGUGAGUUGUGAGUGAGGUUUGGGUGUUUAAGCGGUUUGUUGGUCGUGGACUUCGGGGUUGCUCGUCGUUGGGGGGUGGUCAUCUGGUAUGAUUCCGUUUGACAACCCCGUUCAGAGUUGGACAUUGUAUGGGGAUAACUACUCUUGCAUUUUCGACCCAUUGUAUAAGACAACACGUAUACUUGGGGAUAGGAGGAUGAGAAGUACCGCCUUACAGCAACUCCUCAACGCGACGACUGCUUACGCAUAUAGAGGCGGACAGAGAUAUAGAAACAUAAUGCAAUACAUUAAUGGUAUUUUCAGAGAA